CAGCUGACUCGGGAGUCAUAUGAUGUUCGCUUGUUGUUUUUAGCGUUGCUGAAGUAGCUGAGAGUCGGUACCGGGAACCGAGACGGCUGUAAAGAUGGCGCGGUGCUGCAUUGGCGCUUAUUUACUUGCUACACUGCUGUUAGCGACUUAUUUUAACACAGUUUCGGGAAAAGAGGCAUGGGAUUACGUGGACGUACGUGAUGGCGCUCAUAUGUUCUGGUGGCUUUACUACGCUAACAGCUCACCAGCCAGCUUUCAGGAUGUGCCACUGGUCAUGUGGCUUCAGGGGGGUCCUGGAGGGUCAAGUUGCGGUUUUGGAAACUUUGCGGAAAUCGGACCUCUUGACACCAACCUUCAGCCGAGAGAAACCUCCUGGGUGAAUGCAGCGAGUGUAUUAUUCGUGGAUAAUCCGGUUGGAACUGGUUACAGCUACACAGACUCAUACGGUGCUCUCACUAAAGACGUGGCGAUGGUGGCAUCAGACAUGAUGGUCCUCCUACAGCACUUCUUCUCCAAAAAAACUGAGUUUCAGAGUGUGCCUUUCUACAUAUUUUCUGAGUCUUAUGGAGGAAAGAUGGCUGCUGCUAUUUCACUGGAGCUCACCAAGGCCAUCAGGAAGGGUUCCAUCAAGUGUAAUUUUGCAGGCGUGGCACUGGGAGACUCCUGGAUUUCUCCUAUUGACUCUGUUAUGACAUGGGGACCCUACUUGUACAGCACUUCCCUGCUGGAUGAUUUUGGGCUGGGUGAGGUAAUGCGAGCGGCUAAAGAAGUUCAGAAGGCUGUUGAACAGGAGCAGUACGACAAGGCCACGCAGUUGUGGAACAUCGCAGAGAACGUCGUAGAACAGAACACCAACGGUGUGAAUUUCUACAACAUCCUCACUCCGAACAGCGACAUGCUCAAAUCCAGCACAGAAAACCAGGGCUAUCUCUCUGCUUUAAAACAGCGACAUGUCCAACCGCUGCAUGGCCAGUCCCUCGACGAGCUGAUGAAUGGACCAAUCAGGAAGAAGCUUGGCAUCAUUCCCAGCAAUGUGACAUGGGGAGGCCAGUCUGGAGAUGUGUUUUCCAGCAUGUCCGGAGACUUUAUGAAGCCUGUGAUCGACAUUGUUGAUGAGCUUUUGGCUGAAGGAGUGAAUGUGACUGUCUACAACGGCCAGCUGGACUUAAUCGUGGACACCAUAGGUCAGGAGCUUUGGGUUAAAAAGCUAAAAUGGGACGGACUUAAAAAGUUUAACCAGAUGAAAUGGACGGCGCUGGAAGACCCGCAAUCGACAGGACAAACUGGAGCUUUUUAUAAAACCUACAAGAACUUUGCUUUCUACUGGAUCCUCAAAGCUGGACACAUGAUCCCGUCUGACCAGGGCUCGAUGGCUCUGAGGAUGUUGAAGAUGGUGACGCAACAGGAGUGAAAACAGCUGCUUGUCCAAUUUAGACAAUCAACACACUUUACCAAAAUCAGUGCUUCUUUGUUUUCUGGCUUCACACCAAAAUGUUUUCUUUUAUUUGAUCAAACUGACUUUUAUAGUGUUUUAUCAAGACAAACCGUCUGAAAUAAAUAAAUGAUUGUUUUUCUA